CAAAUCAAAUCAGCAUUGCUUUGAUUGAGUUUCUGAAUCUGGUUCCAGCCUGGAAAUGGUAUGAUCCGAAAUCGAAUCCGUUUUGUUCUCUGUUUUCAGUUUUGAACUACAGGACACGAGUUGAGAAUUUUAGCGGAGCUAGAAGCUGGAAGUGAAUGAGAUUGAGAGUUUUCAGAUCCAAAUAUUUAAUGAAAACUUGAAUCAUAAAACCAAGCUCUGAUUUAUAAUACAUAUACACUUUAAAAUAAUUUAACUCCAGUUUGUUAACACAAUGGCGAUCGGGAUAUUGAAUUCCCUUUUAGCAAACCCAGAGACGAUUUUAAGCUCUGAUCACAGCUCAGUUGUUUCAAUGAACUUAUUUGUGGCGCUUCUUUGCGGGUGUAUCGUGGUGGGUCAUUUGCUAGAGGAAAGCCGAUGGAUGAAUGAAUCCAUUACCGCCCUUGCCAUUGGGCUAUGCACAGGAGUUAUUAUUUUGCUUACAACAGGAGGAAAAAGCUCUCAUCUUUUAGUUUUCAGUGAAGAUUUGUUCUUUAAUUAUUUGCUUCCACCUAUUAUUUUCAAUGCUGGGUUCCAGGUGAAGAAGAAGCAAUUUUUCCGCAACUUUAUGACCAUCAUAUUGUUUGGUGCAGUUGGCACUUUAAUAUCCUUCGCCAUCAUAUCUGUAGGUGCCAUACAUUUUUUCAAGAAAAUGAAUAUCGGUCAACUGAAGAUAGGGGAUUAUCUUGCCAUUGGGGCAAUAUUUUCCGCUACAGAUUCCGUCUGCACUUUGCAAGUGCUUAAUCAGGACGAUACGCCUUUACUGUACAGCCUGGUUUUCGGGGAGGGAGUUGUCAACGAUGCCACAGCAGUUGUUCUUUUCAAAGCAAUUCAGGGCUUUGAUCUUCCUAACGUCAACUCCACCAUUGCUUUGCAGUUUGUUGGCAACUUUUUGUACUUGUUUAUUUCGAGUACUUUGCUGGGAGUUUUGGCUGGACUGUUAAGUGCUUACAUUAUCAAAAAGCUCUAUUUUGGAAGGCACUCAACUGACCGUGAGGUUGCUCUUAUGAUACUCAUGGCUUAUCUCUCGUAUAUGCUGGCUGAAUUUUUCUAUUUAAGCGCGAUUCUCACGGUGUUCUUUUGUGGGAUUGUUAUGUCUCAUUACACAUGGCAUAACGUUACCGAAAGCUCAAGAGUGACAACCAAGCAUGCUUUUGCAACAUUGUCAUUUGUUGCUGAGAUCUUUAUCUUCCUCUAUGUUGGUAUGGAUGCCUUGGACAUUGAGAAAUGGAGAGUUGUUAGUGAUAGCCCCGGUAUAUCGGUAGGGGUGAGCGCAAUCCUAUUAGGCUUGAUCCUUGUUGGGAGGGCAGCCUUUGUCUUCCCCUUAUCCUCCAUAUCCAACUUGACUAAGAAGGCUCCACGUGACAAAAUUGACUUCAAACAGCAGGUUACCAUUUGGUGGGCCGGUCUUAUGCGUGGUGCGGUCUCAAUGGCACUUGCGUAUAAUCAGUUUACCAGCUAUGGCCAUACUCAGUUGCGAGGGAAUGCAAUGAUGAUAACGAGCACAAUCACAGUUGUACUCUUCAGCACGGUGGUUUUUGGAUUGAUGACUAAACCACUGAUACGAAUCUUAUUUCCUUCACCGAAACAUCUCAAUCGAAUGCUUUCAACCGAACCGUCUACACCAAAGUCAUUGUCCGUGCCACUCCUAGGCAACGUCCAUGACUUAGAGUCGUACGAAAGCGAGCGGAAUCUAACCCGACCGACGAGUUUAAGGAUGUUCUUGAGCACUCCUUCCCACACCGUGCACUACUACUGGAGAAAAUUCGACAACGCAUUCAUGCGACCCAUGUUCGGAGGAAGGGGUUUCGUACCCUUCGUACCGGGAUCGCCCAUCGAACAAAACGAUCAACAAUGGCAUUGAAAAUGAAGUGGCAGCAGUGAAGAACAGAAAGAUCAUACACAUACCAGGUACUAAUAUUACCAGUCUAAUUUCUAUAAAAUUUUAGGAUAGUGCAAUGGAAGCCGGCUUUCAGUGUGAAGUUUGCUAAUACAUAUAUUAUUAUUCAUAUUCGAGUGUGAGUGUUUGAUGCUGCCAUGCCGGUACGUAUCUAACGCGAAUAUAUUCAAUUUUUUUCCUUCAGUUUCUCGAUGUUUGGAAAUACAUCGAAUAGGACUAUUUUAAAAAGAAUGAAAAUUACAGAACAAAAUAACAUGAUUGAGAGUUUUUGCAGGAUGAUUUGAUUAUAACAUCAAUUUCUUUUUCCAGCAUUAGAUGCUUGGAAUUUGAUUGUAUCAUAUACUGAUUGUCGUCUCGUGAGCUUGUAUUUUUGACAGUGUGUUUGAUAUUUAUUUAUUUUG